CGAUUCUUUUGUGACUGAUCUUCUUGAUGUUGGCAAUUCUAAACAGGCGACGAAGUAAUCCAGUGAAGCUUACGUUCUCCAAAAUCUGGGAGGUGGUCUUGGUUUCCAGAAGGGACUACAAGUUUUUAAGCGAGCAGGGAAGAAUAGAGGCUGAGAAGGGGAAGGUCAGGGAUCAAGUAGACAGACUGGUCCAGGCAGGGGUAGACGAAGGCGCUCAGACUUACGCGCAUUUGCUACUCAAGUGUGGAGACUACAAGCUUUUGGCUGAGGGGGAACGUCUUCAUGCAACUAUCUACGAGAGAUGGAGGCAGCGUCCCGAAAGAUUGCUCCUGAACUGCUUGGUGGAGAUGUAUGGCAAGUGUGGAAGCUUGGACAAGGCAUGGCUGGUGUUUAGCUCCAUCAAGACGUGCAAUGUCUACUCCUGGACGAUUGCGAUCGCUGCAUUUGCCGUCAACGGGGACUACAGCGGGGCACUUGCUCUCUUCCGGAAGAUGGACUUGGACGGUGUGAAGGCCAACUUUGUGACUUACGUGAACGUGAUUAGUGCGUGCUCUGGGCUGCUGGACCCGAGAGAGUGCAAGCGAGUCCACAGCCGUGUGGUCGAAGAAGGCUUUGAUCGAGACUUGGUGGUGGCGACGGCUUUGGUCACUAUGUAUGGGAAGUGUGCUGACUUUGGCGCUGCUAGGAUGGUGUUCGAGAAGAUCUCCUCGAAGAACGAUGUGGUCUCCUGGAACGCGUUGAUAGCAGCUUACGCUCAGCAGGGACUGUACCGGGAGUGCGUCGAGCUCUACGAGAGAAUGCCCGUGAGAGCCAACGAGGUGACUUUCGUGAGCGUGGUCGACGCCUUUGCGGGUCUGGGGGACCUGGAACACAGCCGGAGAGUUCAUGCCAGGAUUGUCGAGGACGGACUGGAGAACGACUGCCUAAAGUCGGCACUGGUGGACGCUUACGGCAAGUGUGGGAGCCCAGCGGAAUCAAAGCAGGUGUUCGACUCCAUGGUGUGGAGGGAGAGCUCGACUUGGAACGCGCUCAUCGCAGCUUUCGCCCAGCAGCGUGACAGCGUGACUUGCGUGGCGAUCCUCCGGCAGAUGGACCAGGACGGGGUGAGGUCCACCGAGCUGACGUUCGUGAGCUUGCUUGGGGGAUUCUCUACGACGGCGAGCUUGCGAGCGGGACGCCAGCUCCACUCUCGAGUUCUAGCCAUGGGGUUCUACUCGGACUUGAUGGUCGGCUCGGCGCUGGUGACCAUGUAUGGGAGGUGCGGCGCUGUGGACCAAGCCCGGGCAGUGUUUGACGGGAUGGAGGAGAGGAACGCGGUGAGCUUCAACUCCAUGAUCGGAGCUUACGCGGAGCUGGGCCUCGCGAGGCAGGCGCUCGAAGUUUUGUGGGCUAUGGACCAGCCAUGCGGGGUUGCUUGGCGAGGGCCUCGCCAACUUUCGGUCCAUGAGAGAUGAUAGGGGGAUGGAGGUGAAGCUGGAUCACUACCGGUGCCUGGUGGACCUGUUCGCGAGGUCGGGGUGGCUUGCUGAGGCGGAG